CUCCAGACCCCGUUUUACGAGCUGAAUAGCAACAUAACAGACACACCAGCAUCGAAACAGGUAUCGGGCGUCGAACCACACCACCUUUUUUUUUUCUUAAACUUUUAUUUAUAACCCCCCCACUCACACAUUCCGUAAUGUUGCGCGUCAUCAACAAGGCUGGUGUUGCGCGCAGAACGCCUACUCUUUUGAAAACCGGAGCACGUGCGUUUUCUGCCACUGUCUCUAAAAAGGAGGAAAUCGAAGUUUUUAUUGAUGGCAAGUCUGUCAUGAUCGAGCAGGGCUCUGCCUUGAUUCAGGCCUGUGAGAAGGCUGGUGCUGAUAUUCCUCGUUUCUGCUACCACGACCGCUUAUCCGUUGCUGGUAACUGCCGUAUGUGUUUGGUGGAGGUUGAACGCGCCCCCAAGCCCAUUGCUUCAUGCGCUUACCCAGUUAUGCCCGGUAUGAAGGUCAAGACCAACACGGCCAUGGUCCACAAGGCGCGUGAAGGUGUGAUGGAAUUCCUGCUGUACAACCAUCCUUUGGACUGCCCUAUCUGUGACCAGGGUGGUGAGUGUGAUUUGCAGGACCAGAGCAUGCGUUACGGUAGCGACCGUGGUCGCUUCCACGAGCCCCGUGGCAAGCGUGCUGUCGAGGACAAGAACUUUGGUCCUCUUAUCAAGACCGAAAUGACCCGUUGUAUCCAGUGCACGCGUUGUGUCCGUUUCGCAAACGAAGUCGCUGGUGCUCCCGAACUCGGCACCAGCGGUCGAGGCAACGACAUGCAAAUCAGCACCUACAUUGAAAAGACGAUCGAAUCUGAAAUGUCCGGCAACGUCAUUGACCUCUGCCCUGUCGGUGCUUUGACUUCCAAGCCUUACCAAAUGAAGGCCCGUCCUUGGGAGCUCAAGAAAUACGAAUCGAUCGAUGUGUCCGACGCCAUUGGCAGCAACAUUCGUCUCGACACGCGUGGUGUUGAAGUCAUGCGCAUUUUGCCCCGAUUGAACGACGAGAUUAACGAGGAAUGGAUUUCGGACAAGACUCGUUUCUUCUACGACGGUUUGCGCGUCCAGCGUUUGACAAUGCCUUUGGUGCGUGAGGGUGACCGUUUCGUCCCUUCCAGCUGGGAAAAGGCCCUUGAGCGCGUCAGCAACGAAUUAAGCAAGGUUGAGGGUAACAACGCCAAGGCCAUUGCUGGUCACCUUGCCGAUGCCGAAUCCAUGGUCGCCCUGAAGGAUUUGAUGAACCGCGUUGGCUCUGAAAACUUGGCUAUCGAUGCUCCCAACGGUGGCAAGCCUCUUGCCUUGAAUGCCGACUUCCGGGGCAACUACGUCUUGAACUCGACCAUCGCUGGUGUUGAGGAGGCUGAUGUUGUCUUGCUCGUUGGCUCUAACCCUCGCCACGAAGCUCCUAUCCUGAACACCCGUCUCCGCAAGGCCUACUUGCACAACGGUCAAGACUUUGGUCUUGUCGGUGAGGCCGCUGACUUGACUUAUGACUACGCACACAUUGGUCAGGAUGCCAAGUCGAUCGAAUCCUUGUUGGACGGCUCCCAUCCUUUCUCCAAGCGUCUCGCUGAGGCCAAGCGGCCCAUGAUCUUGGUCGGCUCGGGUGUUGUUGAGAACGCCAAGGACAGUGAAUACCUGCUUUCCAAGGUCGCUGAGCUUGCUGACAAGCACAAGAGCACCGUCUUCCAGGAUAAUUGGAACGGUUUCAACGUUCUCCAGCGUGCUGCUGGCAGAACCGCUGCAUAUGAAAUGGGCUUCGUUCCCACAUCCCAGGAAGCUGCCUCUACCUCCGCCAAGUUCCUCUACCUCUUGAACGCCGAUGAAAUCAAUGCUGCUGAUGUGCCCAAGGAUGCCUUCGUUGUAUACCAAGGUCACCACGGUGAUGUUGGUGCCCAAUAUGCCGAUGUCAUCCUUCCAGGCUCUGCCUUUACCGAAAAGAAUGCCACUUAUAUGAACACUGAAGGCCGUACACAAAUCACCCGUGCUGGUGUCAACCCACCAGCUGCUGCCCGUGAGGAUUGGAAGAUCAUUCGUGCACUUUCCGAGCUUGCAGGCAAGACCCUUCCCUACGACGACCUCCCGUCUGUUCGUGCACGUCUUUCCGAAAUCAGCCCUGCCCUUACCCGCUACGACGUUGUCGAGCAACCCACCACCAGCCAACUUGGUCUUUCGACCCUCCGUAAAUCCGAUGCCAAGAGUAGUGGUGAAGUACUCUCUUCUGUGAUCAAGAACUUCUACCAGACCGACUCUAUCUCGCGUGCAUCAAGCACGAUGGCCAAGUGCACCAAAGCCUAUGUUGAGGGCAAACAAGUAGAUGACGAGCUCGAGAGAGCCGCCGCUUAGAGAGUUAUAACAGGAAAAACCAAGACAUGCCCCCCCCACACACACAAUCAAAUCAAACAAACAACCUUGCAAAAUCAUUCAACAAUAAAAAACAAUGCUUUUUUGUCUUUCGUAGAAACUAAAUAAACAAAAUGGAACAAAACCCAACAUAACCACGUGAGCGAAAUAAAAGAAAAGAUAAUGAUGGAAAGGUAAAAUAAAAGCUCAUAUGUGCAGGGACCAACGUACAUGAUGCCAUGUACGGUAAACAGGUUGUUCUCAAUCUCGUUUGUGAGUACAAGUGCCACGUUGACGCUUGACCAUAAUCAAGGCAUCACCGCUAUCCAUCGACAGAUGUGGUCUCG